GUUUCGUGUUGGUCUAUUUUUUUGUUAUUUUGUCUUAGUGUUCUGAGUUAAAAUAAAUAUUAACAUGGACACUUACCACUUUGCAUUUUGGUCCGAUCUUGACUACUCCUCAUCAGAUGAAGAGGAUUGUUACAAUAACCUGAAGUUGAGUAAACCUAGACCCCCCCCAAGACCUUUGGGUUGCUGGAGUGUGAGAUCAACGUCGUGACAGGGCCCUCAGAACUGUCUGUCUCAUUUUCCCUUCGCUGAAAGCUUUGCGAUUGAGGAAGCAUACAUCAGCUGUCUUAACAGGGAUGAUUUGAUGGUUGAAUCACGUCACAUCUCAGUAUUUCCUUGAUGGGACAGGGUUCUGUCAAAAGCACUGCUCAUGCACAGGAACUCAUUCAUUUCAGUCUGAGACUGAGUGGAGUGGAGGGCAGAGCAGCUACCCAUUUGAUUGAUCAGCAUGUGUCGUCCGUGUGAUUCAGCUUGUGUCUCGGCCUUUGGGACUAGAUCGAAUACCACCGUCAGUGGGACGAUGAUGGAACUAGGAGUUAACACCAGCAGGGUUGAUGUAAACGGCAACUGUGAGAUCCAUGACGGCAUCCUGUCUCCUGCCUUACCCAUUCUCUACUCAAUAAUCUGCUUCUUCGGUCUGGUCAGCAACACCAUGACCAUAUUUGUGUUCUUCCUGAAGAAGCACUCCAACUCAUCUAUGGCUGUGUACCUGAGACACCUGGCCAUAGCUGACUUCCUGUUGGUGCUGUGUCUGCCUAUGCGGGUCUAUUACCACAACAGCCAGGGCCCCUUCUACAUCUGCAAGGUGCUGGGCAUCUUUUUCUACGUCAACAUGUAUGCCAGCAUUCUGUUCCUCAGCCUGAUCAGUCUGGAUCGCUACCUGAAGAUCAUCAAGCCUGUGUGGGUCCUGAGAAUCCACAGGGUGCGGUGGAGCCACCGGGCGUCCUUCUCGGUGUGGGCAAGCCUGAUCCUGGGCAUGUCUCUGUUCUUCCUCAGGAAUGACAGGCAGCAACCCUGUGACAAGAUCUGCUUCCACUUCCACCAUAAAGGUCUCCUGGGGGGCCUGGCCAAUCUCACCAUGGUGGCCUUCUUCUGUGCCACCUUCAUCCUCUUCCUCUGCUUCUACGCCAGCAUAACCACCAAGGUGAGGACCAUGUCCUUAGGGAACCUGGACCCCAAGGCCCAGCGGAAGAAGAGCAGGGUGGUCCGGAAGACUUUUGUGGUGCCGGUGAUCUUCACACUGUGCUUCCUGCCAUACCACCUGGUGCGAGUGCCCUACGUGCUGGCCCAAAUGGAUCUGAUUCAGGCCCUGGACAGUAAGCAGAUUCUUCACAUCCUCAAUGAGCUCACUCUGCUCCUGUCUUCCCUCAACAGCUGUCUGGACCCCAUAAUCUACUACUUCCUGUCUUGCACCUAUAGGAGGACUAUCCUCUGUGCCCUGCAGGGGCAGUUCAAGACCAUGUAUGCUGUUAACAGUAGACGCAACAGUAGACGCAUCAGUAUUAAUCAAUCUUUUACAGAGAUAUAGAGCUAUCUAAGGCAGGGAGUUUUUAACAUUUUGCACAAUGGGGUUAAACAUCUAUUUAGAUUAGUAACUGAGAAAUGAUGUAUAAUAAUGUACAAUACAUGUUAAUCCUGUUGAUACUAUUGACUCUAUAAAAUAAAGUAUAGAAGGGUAUUAUUGAAUGUACAUUAUGAAAGAUUAAUAUAUAUAUAUAUGAACUCUUGUUAUCAAGUUCUUACUGGCCUUUGUAGAUAUAAUUGUUGGUCCAGUAAGAAUGGUGUUUGUACAGAUACUUAUACAGUCUGUUAUUUGAGUAUAUUACUCACACUUAUGGUGACCUUAGGUUGUCAUGGUUAAAAGGGCAUUAUAAACCAGGUGGUUCGAGCCCUGACUGGUGAUGCUGAUUGGCUGAAAGCCGUGGUAUUCCACGGAUAUGUCCCCCAAAAAAGGUUUAUUGUCACAACCUCUGUCUGAAAAUGUACGAAUUCGAUGAAGUACUAACAAAAGCUGUAAUGGCCAUGUUGUGUCAGUCUUGUACACUUUUUAAAAUAUGUUUUUCUGCCAUGAGAUCAAUAAAUGUAUAUUUCCACACAAUA